CUUUUUCUUUUUGCAGGAAGAAUAUAUAUGUUUGGAUCAUAACGAUUAACAAUAUCUAACUCAGACUUUUAUUUAUUACAUUCUAUAACUGUAAGUCAGAGUGUUUUGACUUUCACAAAAAGGGUUGACAUGUUCCAAUAUAGUCAGCAUACAAAUUUGUUAUAAAAAAAAAGUCAGCAUACAAAAUAAGUAGAAAUAGAAUAAAGCCUUUAAGUUAUUGACUUUUGAUUUGACUGAAACUUUGGUUUCAUCAACACAUCAGAAAGAAUAUAGAAGCCAUCUAGUAUAAGUACGAGUGAAAUACAUCAUUUUCUUAAUCAAUACAAAACAAGGCUUAAACACUUAUUACAAAACUAAAAAAAAAAAGAGAUUAAUAAUGACCAGCGUGAAAGUUUUUUCUUUUGCUUUGCUUCUUGUCCUCCUUUUCUCCGUUGAUGUUGAAGGAUAUGUGUUAGAAAGUACAUCCUUGUGUUGCAAUACCCACCCAGAAUUUGGGAGGUGCAUCCCAAACCUUGACACAAGAAGAUGCAACAGUUGGUGUCUUAAGGGAUGUGACAAUAAAAAAGGUGGUUUCUGCAAACGUAUUAACGGAGGACAAUGCCAUUGUUAUUGUUAAGAAUCUCUCAAAACCAUGUAAAACAUGCAUGACCAUUUGAUUAUUUCGUUUAUGUUGCCGUUUUACUACUUUUGUAUGAUUUAUGAAAUUAUGAUAUUUGUACGAAAGAGAGAAAAAAAUCUUCAACUAUCA